AUGGCGGACUUUGGCAGGAAGCGCAAGUUCGAGCACGAGCCAUACCGCUCACCCAAAAAACCAUACAGAGACAACUCAAACCCUGCCAGGCAUACCCAACUCGAAACAUCGACCAAUAAUGGCCUUCCUCCUCUGCCGCAAAUCCAUGACAAAUACCGAUCGGUUGUCUUCACUCACCCCAGCCAGGCGCCCGGAGAUGUCCAUGCCAGCUACGACAGACUUGAAUUUCUAGGAGACGCCUACCUCGAACUCUUUGCGACCCAAUUGAUCUUCGACAAAUUCCCGAAUCUGGACCCGGGAAAGCUGUCUCAGAUUCGAGAGUCUCUCGUCAAAAACGAAACCAUUGGCCAAUAUGCUAGCCUCUAUGGACUUGACAAGCAAAUACAAGGCUACAAGCAAUUCCAGAAUCAGGCGCCUCACGCCUGGCUCAAGAUCAAGGGAGAUGUCUUCGAAGCCUAUGUCGCUGCCGUAGUCCUGACUGAUGCGGAUGAGGGAAGGCUAGCUAAGAAAUGGCUUCACCAGCUCUGGGAUCCCAAAUUGCAGGCUGCCCUCACUGCCAAUGAUGCCCCAUCCAAGAAAAGUAAGGAGGAGCUGGCCAAAAGGAUUUUGGCCAAAGGUGUCAAGAUCAAUUAUGUUGAUGAGAAGGAACCCAUUGUUCACUACGGCCAGGGAAGAGAGACUUACUUUGUGGGAGUAUAUCUGAAUGGUUGGGGCUGGGACAACCAGUACCUUGGCAGUGGGAAGGGGUCCAGCAGAGUUGAGGCUGGACAAGCAGCUGCAGCAGCCGCACUCAACAAUCAUCCGCUCAUUGAUGAGAUCGCAGCAAAAAAGGCAGAGUCUUACCCCCAGCGAGACAAAGAGGCUGUGAAGAAGGACGAGACAAACAAAGUCUAA